AUCGUUUCCCCUGUAUAGGAAACACCCAUCAUUGCCCCCAACAAUCCUUUUUCUAUUUAAACAAUCUUCUUCUUCAAUUUUCUCCUCAAUUCAUCAUGGAUGUUAAUGGCUUCUACUCCUUUCUCAACCGAGGCAUUGAUGAUCUUGAAAGACUUUACCUUUCCUCUUCCAAUUUCAUGUCCAUCCAAUUCCUUCAAAGGGUCCUCUCCCUUCUCCGAUCCUUCCACUCCCAUUUGCUCCUCCUUGUCCAGAGACUCCAUUUGCCCGUCGGCGAUAAGUGGGUCGACGAAUACAUGGACGAGAGUUCCAGGCUCUGGGAAGCCUGUCAUGUUCUGAAAUUGGGUAUUUCCGGGAUGGAAAAUUACUGCUCUGCCGGAUUCAACCUCACUUCUUCCCUCGACAAUCACCCCCUUCUUAAUCCCCAUCUCUCCCGGCAGGUUAUCCGUGCAAUAGCGGAUUGUCGGAGGGAAGCCGUGGGACUCGACGAAGAAAACAGGGCAUUGAUGGAGACGAGAAUCCAGUCGCUGUCUUUGAGGUUUGAAGACAGGGUGUCCGUCGAAUCGAAGCUUAAUGGAUUCAGUGGGUUUCGAGGCGUUCUGUUUGCAAUGAGGAACGUGAGUUCGGUGCUUCUGAUGAUGUUGCUGCAUGGGUUGGUGUACUGUUGGCCGGAGUCGAGUUUGGGGCACGAAGGAACAGGGUGCUUGUUCUUUGGAUCAGCGUUGAUGGUGUCAACGGCGAGGCUACAGCAGAGGGUGGCAGCGGAUAUCAACGAGAUGGGGGGCAGUGGGAUAUUGGCGUACGAGUUCAAGGUGUCAAAGUUGGCGAUGGAGGAGCUGAGAGAGGAGGUGGAGAGGAGGGGAGGAGCAGCGGAGUGGGAGUGGGAGACACAAGUGGGGAUUAAGGAGAGGGUAGACAACUUGAAGGGAUGUUUUGGCAUGCUGAGAUCUGGAACUGAAAAUAUUGUUGCCCAAAUUGAUGAUUUCUUUGAUGAGAUUGUGGAGGGUAGGAAGAAGCUUUUGCACUUGUGUACCCAUAACCAUAGGUAGAUCUUUUUCCCUGUUACGGGAUGAUAUUUCGGAUUAGCUUGCGUGCACCAGAGCGGACCAUAUAGGAUGGAAUUUAAUCUAAGGCGGACAAGCUUGCGUAGGAUGCCACAAGUUGUUUAUCUUUAAAGGGCAAAAAACCCCACUUGUUAUCUCAUUUUAAUGUUGCAAAAGGAAUGAAGAAUGGUCUUAGUUGUUGUUCUUAUGGUACAAUGCAAUUACAUGAAUUCAAAAGGUGAAAGAAUGAUGAAGCGAAUGAGUGAAAUUCCCCUUUUGUUUUAAAGCUUAUUAGCUUUUGUCUGAUUGAUUCGAUUCUUCACUUUCGCUUUGCGAAAAGGCUAUGAAAAUGAAACGUUUUUCUUUUC